CCCGUCACAUCAUGGAUCCAAAAAUGGUGCUCACUGCGAACAGGCAGCGUCCUGGGCUUAGCCCCAGUGGUCAGCCUUGUGAGAUUGGAUUGUGCGAAGUGUCGACGUCCCUUUUCUUCAGUGGGAAAUAAGGAGCUCUGUACCUCAUGCACUCCUUUGAAUAAUAACAAUCCCAACCGGAACAUUGUCUUCAAGAAGAUUGGACAUGGCAAGUGGGUCCUUGCCAAUCCUGCAAACCUGAAAACAGAGAAGAAAGUCAAGAGCUCAGAGCAUGAAAUGAAAAUUCCUCCCUGGAAAUCCCAGAGACUGUCAGAGCUCAAAUCUAAAAAGCAUCCUCAGAACAGUGACUCUGAAGACAAUGAAGACAGAGCAGCUGAAUUUCAGGCUCAAAAGAAGCGCCAACGGCGAACGUGCUUCAAGUGUGAGGCCUGCCUUCGGACAGACUGUGGGAAAUGUGACCACUGCAAGGACAAGCCCAAGUUUGGGGGCCGCAACACAAAGAAGCAGAAGUGCCGACUUCGACAGUGUAUUUAUGAGGGUACUUUUAAGAAAUACGGUUCCAAAAGGCAGGCCAAGUAUGAGACCAAACAGCAUGAUAUGAAGCAGUACAUCCUCCCCACUAGGCCACGGUCCAAGAGGAAGCACAAGAGGCCGGUCUGGGAGGAAGACUACACAGACCCAGAUGACGAGGAGGAGAAGAAGCAGAGGAAACGAAGCGAGAGUGUGGACAGGGACGAGGAGGAGGGCAACGAAGAUGAUGAAGACUAUGGCAUGUUUGAGUUAGAACAGGUAGCUGUGAAUGAUGACAUCAGCAAUGACUAUGUCAGUGGCGCAUUGAACACUGAGGAGUCUUCGCACACAUUCCCCAUAGUCUUUCAUAACGGAAAUCUGCAGAUGGAGCUGCAGCGCAGCUAUCUCCAAACCAAUGGAUCAGAGGGGCCCAUGGUUGUGUACAGUUUCGUAGCUCCACCAGCAGGAGGUGCUGUGGGGCUCAGUGAAGACGUGCAGAUGGUGAGCAUGGACAUGGGCGCACCAGUCGAAGAGGAGCCAGUCGAAGAGGAGCCAGUAGAACCAGAAGACUUACCACCUGUUAUGUCUGGGAUCUUCAGUCUUGCCGACGGCUCGGAGCCUCUGGAGGGCACGGGCGAGCCUGAGCUGCUGCACCUGCUGGCCGCGCUGCGCUGCACUGUGCUGCCGGCCCACUGGAUGGCCGUGCUGGCCAAGGGCCCGGCGCUGCAGCUGCUUCAGUGCUCGCGCCGCUCAGCCAUGGCCGACACGGUGCUCCAGAUCGAGCCGGGCUUCCACUUCGGGCUGAGACUGCAGGGCCUGCCGCUGCCGCCGGCACACCCGGUCUACGAGCGCCAUCCGCCUCGGCUCACCACUGUCAGCGUUGUGGUGGAGCUGCUGCUGGACCUGGAGGGCCUGGCUGUGUGCCAGGGCUACCCAUGGGGCUCUGCUCUGGCUAACCAGGCCGUGCUCCGCGGGCGAGCGGCCGGCUGCCACCUGUUGGUGGAUCCCGAGGAGGAGGGUGAGAGCUGCGACAGAUGCCACCCGCCCUCGUCUGACUAACCUGUGUAGGAGGAGGAGGAGGAGGGGGGUACUUCUCCUGCUGGACUGAGGUUCUGGUUAGUUCAGAGACCAGGCAAGUCUUUGAAGGCCACUGACAGUUUGGUGCUCUCCCCGGUUGAAUUAUUGUGUCUUACAAUGAAGGAACAGUAGGCAAAGCCUCCAUACCUUUCAGGAAAACCCAUAGCAAUAUGUCUGUACUUGUACAGAUACACUCUUUGCCUUUUGAUCUGUCAUCCACACUACAUGAUGGAGGGCUUGGAGCCAGGUGCAGCUGAGAUGGCAGACCUUUGGUGCUCUUCUCUACCUCUUGGGGGGGGGGGCGGACAUGCCUCCUUACCUUGCUGUUGCAGGUCGAUAAGCACAGUGAUGCAACAUGGACAGGUGCUUUGUGCAGCCGAGGAAGUCCCCACAGAGAGAGGUCACCAAGGGGAAGUGGCACCAGCCUGUUUGAUCAGACCUGUAGAGCUGACAGCGUUUGGCACUUUUCCACUCUGAAAUUGGGUCCGUUGGGGUUCCCAUUGUUGUAAAAAGAGAUAAGACUCAUAUAACCUCUGAAGUUCCUCUUGGUGCUAUGGAGCAAGGACAGCUACCCAGUAUCACUGCUUCUCUGUGGAUGUCUGUGUUUUUUCAGUUCUGGAUGUCAAUGUUUUUUUUUUCUUCCAGUUCUGUGGUUGAAAAGAGGUCCACUACCACUCCAGGUGCUACUAGACGAACAGUCUACUCUGUAUAACUUGGGCUUAAAGUGUUGUUUAACAUUUUAAAUAAGUUUUCCAAAUGUUUUUUCUUUUCUUCAUAUUUUGCCAUUUUAUCACACAGUUUGUCUUGAAAAAGAUUUGAUUCGCAUUGCCAAAAAAUCAUUGUAAGACAUUUAUAAUUACCUAAUUUCCCUUCUUUAUCUUCUGUAAGUGGAAGUAAAAGCAAUUGGAUUUUUAAAAAGUCAAAUACUAUUUAAAUAUUACUGUGUUACAUUCAUACUGUUCUAAGUAUUAUUUUGCUUCACAGUUGUUGGAAGUAAAUGUAAUCUGACUAAACCAGAUUGAAAUUAUUUAGCUUUCUUGUAGAUCAACAUGUUGCAUUGACUAACCAUUCAAGGUGCUGUUUAAACUUGAGCUAAACCACUGAUGACGGAUUAUUGAUUAUGAUUAUUCUUCUCCUCUUUUCAGUUAAGUCACGUGGGAUCAUUUUUGGCUUCCUUCUUUAUAAACCUCAGAGGAUGUUUUUAAAUCAAAACAAACAAUACCAAAAUAUGUCCAUCCAUGUAAAUCGUUGUUUAUCGGUUUGCUCUGUAAGAUUGAGAAAUAUCUGCACACUGGAAUUGUUCCAACAGUUCGUCCUUCUUGUUAAGUUACUAUGUUGAAAAUAUUUUCCCCUAACUUUUGCUUUAGGAUGUCAUAGUAGUACUACAUUAUUCUAUCUAUCAGAAUCUGAAUGACUAGAUUACAUUUGGAUUGUGUGACUUGAAGUAGGAUUGUGCUCUGUAAAAUACAACAUUUGGGGAAUCAAUGUUGAUAAUGGUUCAAAAUGAUUCUAAUGUUUCUAUUGAAAUAUGUUCUUGUUCUACUGACAUUUUUUUCACAGAUAGCACAAUAGCACAGACAGCAAGUUUUAUUAAAGUAUGUGUGUUUUUUAAACUA